UCAAUUGAAAGAUAAAACCCGUUUUCUGUAGCACACCUUUAUUUUUUUAAUUCACAAUGGAUAGAAAGGGAAGAAAUACCCUCCGUCGCACUGCUCGACUGACCAGACGGAGGCGCUCCACAGGAGGUAACGAGGUCAGCAGGAUCAAGGCUACCGAGAAGCCGGGGGUGGAGCCUCCUUUGGAGACCAGGACCCAGCAGCGCGUCUUCCUCUACAUCCAGCUGAACGAAAUGAGCAAACUGCCCAAAACGACGUAUCCACUGGAGCUGCACCUCUACCAUCCGAAGAACACGCUGCAGAAGAUGCAGGAGCGCUACACCACAGAGACCAUCAUCUAUCAGCACGAGUUCAAUCUGAAGAAGCCCGUGUUCGCAAUGGGUGUGAUGCAGGACGACAUCGAGGACAUGAACACGUUCAGCGAUCAGCCGCUGUUGAUUUCCCUCUAUCAAAGGAUUCCCAGGCGCCGCAAGGGAGGAUCGGGAAAAGGAAAGUCGAGGAAAGGAGGCACAUCCUCGUCGCUGGAAAUAAAUCAAUUAAUUACAGAUGCUUCGGAGGGUAAAGAGAACGUGCCCAAUGAAAGAUCCAGUAAGAGGUCAUCCGAACAGGAUGGUGAGGAAGUUGGGGAGGAAGGUGAGGGAGGCACCUUUUUGGAGGGGCGACUGGAGCUCUUAUCUCGCGGCCACUGCGAUCUUCUACAGCUUUUCCAGCGACGCCGCUUUAUCAGCGACAUCACCAUCUAUCUGUAUCCGGAGUACCGGUCGAAGAAGAUCAAUGACAAAAUCACCACGUGCAGCGUUUGGCACAUGUACUCCAUUCUGCCCAUCCUGAAGAACUUUACCUUCACGAACUUGGCGUUUCUAACCCUGGAAUCGAUAUACAAUGUGCCCGAGGACCUCCACUCGAAAUCCGCCGAAUUGGGCCUCAGUGUUUCCUUUCGUUCAAAACAGCCGGAUGAGUCGGAUGGUUCCUUUCGGUUGAUUCCUUUGUGCACCUACUCGGGAUUCAUUUCGCAGAUCAUCAGUGACCAGAACACGAUCAUCGUGUGGGAGAACAUCAAGCGGGAUCUGCACCUCGACAUGAACUUCAGCUUCAACCAAAUGGAGACCAAUUCAAGGAUAAAGCUUCCGAAGCUGUUUCGCAUGCUCCUCUGGGAACAGGACAUUGACUUUCAGGUCUACAAAAUUGAUCCUGUCUCGGACCUUGCCUUGAUCAACAACUCUCUGCACCGUUUCGUUCUCAACGAGGAUAUGAGAAAAAUCCUCGAGCAGGCGGUGGUUCACGAUGACUACGAGUUGUUGCUGCAACUGUACCAGGAGACCCCAGGCAAUGUCCUGUACGAGGGAGUCCUUAAUCCGAGCAUAUUUGGGUAUCCAGGAGUGAACUAUUGCCGCUUCGCAUGCAGGCUAAGUCCCGUUCGCGAACCCUCCAUCAAGCUGAGCCUGCCCAGAGAUACCCUGGUAAUGGGCCCGAUGUUCUGCACCUUCAAGAUUUGCUUCUUUCAGCCAAUUUGCGAGCGCAAUGAACCGCUGGACAAGUACAAUGAGAGCCUCCUCAAAAGCGCAAAGCUGCGCCGCUGCUUCGACAUGGAUUUCCUCAAGGAGGACGAGACGGAUAAGGAUGUGCUACUUGAGCUCUACCGUGCCUUUGAUGAUCUCAUAACCGAUACAAUUAGGUACAUAAUCAAGCGAGAUGUGCAGGACAUCCACGACAGGAAGGAGUUCUUUUGCUGCCAGCUGAGCAACCUUUGCAAUCUGGUGCUGAAAAUAUGCGGCUGCGACUUCAACAUCCGAAUGCCAACGAAGACGAACAUUGAAUUCAGAGAAAUGCUGACCCACAUGUACAAGGAGCUGAUGGAGCGCAUUGAGGGCGUAUUCACCGCCUGCUGUUGGAAAAGCACAUCGAAUAAGGAGCAUGGGGAACAUGGCUUAAAUCGGCUGAUGAACGAAAUGCGACUGGUCAGCAGCAGUGGCCAACGAGAUUUGGCCAUUCAUAUGUACGAUGAGAUCAACCACAGCACCACCAACCGCGUUAUAUUCGACUUUGUUACCCUGCUAAACAGCGUCGAAUGCCUGCAGUUUGAACAGGCGGCGAGGUACUUCGCAAAACCACGAACCACCGAUUGGAGUGGGUAUUACUUUACUCUUCUCCUACAGCUCUAUGUUAACUAUAUGAUGGACCUCAGAUCGACGGACGAAGAGGUCUUGAGUACGGCCAAGUCAACUAUGAUCGAGAGUCUGCGCCAGUUUGCAGAUAACAACCGGAUGGAAUCAGAAACCUGGAUCCUUUUGUACUGCUAUUACAAGGAAUAUUCCUACUUACCCGGCAUGGAGUUAACGCGAUGGAAAUUUCAGAAUCUCCAGAAAAUUGCACCCAAGACAAUGGACUUUACUCCCACUUCCCUAUACGAACUGUACUUGCCGGACGACUUUGAAAUGAAGAGCACAUCCACCUCGAUGAAUACUCAGUUCUAUCCGGUUUUUAAGCUUUUUGCCCGCCUCGGAGCAUACUCAUUUGCGGAAGUUAUAUUUUCCGACAUAGAACAGUGUUUUACGGAAGCGGAAGUCUAUAUUAUAAGAACCACUUUGAAGAUACUGCAGCGGCAGAUCGAUGACAAGUUCAAUAUCAUUAAGAUGCCCACGGAUAACAGUGUGUCGGGAAAGUUGAAGCGCUGUUACCAGCUGCACAUCAACGGCAGUGUAGAGUAUUCGCGUGGUCGCUGUGAUGAGGCUCUGAAAUACUUUCAGGAGUUAUUGUCAGUGGCGGAUCCAAUGGAUAAGUGGCGGUUCAAGUUGAGUUUCCUGCGGCUCGGUCAAUUGGCCUUUCAAAGUGGACAAUAUGAGCUGGCCGAAAAAGCAUUUGAUAUCUGCUUGCAUUCCAGACGCAAGAACUUUGUAGCCAACUACGGAAAGGGACGGACACUUUACCAUCUCAACCGUCUGGAGGAAGCCAUUCCCUUCCUCUCGCGAUGCACUGAAGUCGACAUCUUCAUACCCGAUGUCUGGGGCUACUUAGCUAUCAUUAACCUACGACUUGGCAGAAAUAAGACGGCCCUGGAAUGCUGGAAGGUUGCUAAAGAGAACCCCGAAGUAAGCAUCAGCAAGAGCGUUUAUGCCGAACUCGAUAAGAUCCAGUACUCGGAUGUGCAUCUGCUGGUAGAUGAUGAUGGAAACCCAUCCGAAAAGAUGUCGAAAAUGGACUUUAUUCCUUUGUAAUUUGGUGAAACAAAAGGCUUUAGAGCUACCCAAGAAAAUAUGAACUACCUAGUAAAAUGGUCCUAAACAAA